UAUACAGUUCUCUGAUAAGCGAAUGCUGUGAGAGGCGACCAAAUGUGACAAGCUUUAGUGUGUAUCACGAGUCGAGACUCUAACACCGAAAUCGACAUGACUUCGAGUCGGGGGUUCGCGAUAUUUGUUGCGUUCAUCUUCAUGAAAUUUUACUUUUCUUCGGCAACUGAAGUAAACAUGGAAGGAACAGGCUACAUUACCCAUGAUUUUCGUUCAAAUAUCGUCGCAACCCUAACGAAUCAUAUCACAUUUUCGUUUAAGACGUUCCGUCCUUCUGGAUUAAUGCUUUACAGCAGCGGAUCUCAGGGAGAUUUUAUAUCUAUCGAGCUCAUUCAUGGACAAUUGAGGUUUACCAUCAAUCUCGGAAGUUCUACCGUAUCAGGAGAACACUCAGUACUUGUCGGAAACAACUUAGCGGAUAACAAAUGGCAUGAGGUUCAAGUGGAUCGUAAUAAACGAACACUUGUUGUCGCUGUUGAUAAAGUUAGAACCCAAACAACCACACCAGGCUCUUUCGUUCGUCUUGAUCUGGAUUCAUUCCUCUACGUGGCAGGCCUCGAUACGAGUGAGUCUUCUAAUCUGGACGGAGCACCAACUACACCGAAUUUUAACGGCUGUUUGAGGAAUCUGCACUUUGAUUUUAAAGAUAUUUUAUUUUGUGCCAAGGUUGACCUUAUUGAGUGCGAAACUCAUGGCUUCUUGCGCUUCUACUGUCCAGUCAACGGGUACGUUCCGGUCAAUUUUCCAACCCCAAAUACGCAUUUGAAACUCAAUAAGGCCUCUCCUAAGAAUUUUACAGUGGAACUCAACUUUCGCACUUACUACGGCAAAGGUAUUUUGGUUUACAAACAAACUUCUAGCGCACGCCUCUACCUUUCCCUAGUAUCAAGCAAGCUUGAACUUGAAAUAAUUGUGGGAACUGAAAAACCGGUCAAAAUCAGUGUUGGGGAAGAUUUGAAUGAUGGGAUGUGGCAUUACGUCAUGGCUGGAGCAACGCGCAAAGAGCUUCGGUUGAAGAUAGAUUCCAAGCCAGAGCUUCGUCAUGAAAACCCCUUGUUGGAACGAAUGGGUGAUUUCCGAAGUCGUGUUUACAUUGGCUACGGAACACGUAGCGAUGGAUUUGUUGGCUGCAUGUACCAAAUAAAGCUGAACGAUGAAUUAGUAAAUUUGAAAGGAUUGUCCGGCUCCCGUGUAAACGGGGCGGUCAUUGACCAAUGCAAAAUUACCAGUAAGUGUUUUCCAAAUCCUUGCAAAAAUGGUGGCCGCUGUUUGCAGACAUGGGAAGCUUACACUUGUGACUGCGAAGGGACGUUUUACAAAGGAAGCCAAUGUGAGGAUCCUCUUUACCGUGCCACAUGCCACGAGUACAAAGUAUUAGGUAUGGUCCAGGAUGCGUAUUGCAAAGUGGAUCCUGAUGGCACUGGACCUUUAGGGGCCUUUGAAGUGUUGUGCAACAUGACAGCCUCUGAUGCAGCCAAGACAGUCAUACACCACGACAAGGAGGGUAAAUAUCCCGUAACGCAAGGUGCCUUGGACCUCGAAAGCUAUUACUUUCAACCCAUUAAGUAUGGAACUGACCUGGCCAGCAUCCGUGCAUUGAUUCAGCGUAGCGGAAGCUGUCGCCAGUACAUCAGUUAUCACUGUUAUAAUUCAAAACUGUUGAAUUCUCCCGUUGGUCCUGAGAAUGUGCAAUGGUUAUCGAGUACUGCUGUUCCACAAAAUUACUGGGGAGGUGCGAGGCCUGGAAGUGGCAAGUGCGCAUGUGGAGAGACGAACAGCUGUACAGAUCCUUCAAAAUAUUGUAACUGUGAUGCCGACAGCAAUGACCGGUGGAGGGAAGACUCUGGUUAUUUAGACGACAAAUUAUCAUUACCAGUGAAUAUGUUGCAGUUCAAUUCGGAUGCCAAGGACUCUUUCUUCACGCUUGGUCCAUUAGAGUGCUUUGGAACCGGGGGUCGCGCUCCCGAAGUAGUGAGCAAUGCGAACUUUAUUUCGUCCGCUUGCAAAUUGGUCAACCCGCCCCCGACAGUACAUAUUGAAACAACCACUGGCCCAUCCACUGCUCCCAGGCUGCAGAUAAAAAAAACCGACAGCACUACCACAAAAAGUCCAGGUAACAAUAGAAAUUCGUUGUCUUCCCCUAAACAUCACGUUACCAUGACGACCACUAUCGCAACGAAUAAAAACUCAACCCUGGUGACGUCAGUGUUUACUCACGAACCCAAGAGCACUGGUGUGACAGUACAUUCUUCCAUUACCACAGGUAAAUCUGGCCUGACAGUGCACACAAGCAUCACCACCAAAGGAAAGACUGUCACGCUGCCUCCUGUCACGCCAAUGGAAGACGAACCGAAGAGGAGCCGCAACGUGACUGUUAUUACAAGAAGUAGCAUUGACUACAUCACGCGGGUUGAAGGAGGAGUGGUUUACGAUGCAAGGUUUAUAAUCUUGGUAACCUCGUCCGUAUUGGCCUUCAUUCUUCUCAUUUGUGUGCUUAUCUUCGUUUUCCUGAAGCGGUCUGGUCGCAGGUAUGUGUGUUGCAUUUCCUGUAAGAGCUGCAGAAGGAACAAGAAUAUCCCAGAUAUUGAGGUGUAUCGCCACUCGGUUCGCACGGAUUCACCGGAUGUGGUCCAGCUGGAUGAGAUGGGGCACGGCACGAUGGAGGUUGGGGCCUACAAUAUGAGUAACGGCGCCACAGUCUACCACUCGGUACAUCGAGACUCGCAUGUCAGAAAAUAUGUGUCCUUUUCAGCUUCCACCUCUAAGCUCUGAAUUCAGACUGGAUAUCAAGGAAUAUUUUAGAUUGACUUUGUCCAUGAAGUUUGACUUAUGCUGUGAUAGAAGAAUUUUGUUUUGACCAAGCACAAAUAAUUUGAGGUUUAUGAGGAGGAUUUGCUGUUGUGGCUCAGGAUUGCGUAAUAAGGAACUUCUCACGAUCGACAACAAACCACAUAGAACAAAAGGGCGAUGGUGGCCGGAGUGUACACGAAUAUUGCAACAGACCGCGUGCGAACAUCUGGCAGGGAAACACACAUUCCAGAGUUGGAUUAGAAUAAAAGGAACCCCUGGAAUCACUUUUUUCUCCACUUUUUUGUAUCAGCUUUUUGCUGGGGUAGUAUGCAAUGGUCUGGAAAAAGUUAAAACUUGUGAGAAUUGUUCCAAAACGAUCAGCAGUCUGUCCCAAAAUGCUAUGCCUGCACCUAUCACACUCUUAAUAUUUUCGUUUAAACUUCUGCCUAAGCCGGACAAAUUCAUGAGGGUUUCUGUAGGUUGAUUAAGAAGUAUCCGAGCAGUGGGAUAACAUGAAAGUAAGAGGCCAAGGACCUUUGCUUUGAGUUGAAAUUAUCAUAAAGAAAAGUUGCUGUAAGGUAAAUAAUUACCUAACGAUAGUGAAAAAUUAUCCUCGGCUUAAACUGAUUGGAAAACGUAGCAAACGACCUGGUUAUAAAGGACAUGCUUGAACUGUUGGAUGGUGGUAUCAUUAAGAACCAGCAAGAGAAUAUGAACUGUUGAUAUGUUCUUAUAAGUACUCAUAAUAGCUAGAUCUUGCCGUAUGACUGUUCACAAUAAUGGUAGGUAUAGGAAGUCAGCGUAAUCAACCAAAUCUUUUUCGAAUAAGUUAAUUUUAGUAGAAUUAUCAUUGUUACAGAUAAAACAAGUUCAAAAGAGUAAUGAUGAAGUUUUUGUUAAACGGUUCAAAACCCAGCUUUGGUUUUGCCGACAAGUUUCCACGCUGUAAGAUAAUUUACGGAUAAUUUUUGUAAGAUAAUUUACGGAUUUAAGGUAGCGUUGAAAACAGCUGGUGUCAAACAUUUUUUUUUUGUCAGUUAUGCACAUGUAAAUUUGUGUUACCGAUCCACUCUUGAGUCAUUCGGAGCUAUUUUGAAUAAUGAUUGUCAUUUCCAAUUCGACACAGCAGAUAAACUAAGUCGUAUCUUCACGAAAGUGCUGAAAACUACCGGUAAAAUAUCGCUUUUUGUUUGCCUGUUAUCAAUCAUAUCUUCUUUAAAUGUUUCGCUACGGAUAUGGUCUUUUGCCAAUCAAUAGGCUGACCCCUAUUCAAUUUUGAGAAAUUAUCGAUAACGUGUCAUUCUAUGCUUCCAUUUCACGAUCAUUUUCUUUCGCGGAUUUCGUAAACCAUGCAACUCUGUAAUAAAAAUUUAAAUCACAGUUUUGUUGAAACUGCUGCACCUCUAAAUUUAUCUGGUGUUGAUCUCAAAAGUCCAUUUUAACUGAUACCACCCACGAGAUAAUGACCUUGCACUCUUUACUUAAAAUUUUUCUUUGUGCGUCUCAGUCUACUUUUUAAAACAGUUGAUUGCUUCAACUUCACUUUUUGUAUCUACUCCUGAUUGGCAAGUUCCGCAUCCUGUAAUAGCUGUAUUGUGCGACGUGAUAACGUAAUUAAGUAAAGGUAUCAAGUAAAUUGUCUUCUUCCUCAUUUUUAAUUGUGAUAACGUAAAAUUGAAAGUUAAACAUAAAGGGCCGAUCGUUUGAAAAGCGGUACACGUUUAUUGAGGAUUACAAAUUAAACUUCUCAUUUUUUUGGCCAACUUUUUAUGCAAUAUUAUCUAACCGUAGGACAAAAUUGAA